UUGGAAAACGUAAACAAGCUGGUCGCUGUCGUUCUCGUUACUUUCGUUCGGAUCAUUUUUUGCGAAGAUGUUGAACAAGGCCCCGAAGCUGAAGAGCACGAUCAAGAUGAAGGCGAAGGGGAGCGUGAACGUGAGGCCGGCGUCUGAAGCGAUGAUUGAACUGAUCACGCUGUUGUUCCUGAGCAACCUGGCAGAGGAGGCCAAGGCCAACGCGUUUGAGGAAAAGUCUGCAACCAUCAGAGCUCAUCAUGUGAAAGCAGUCUCCAAGAAAAUGCUGAAAAAAGCAAGAGGAUGAAGACGGCAGAAGGGCAUCAUUAUAAUUUUAUUUUAACAUUGUCAUGAAUUGCAGUAGCAAUAUUUUUACUUUUUGUGAUAUUUACAAAGUUUUCUUUUGAAACAUUUUUCUGCGUGUUUAUAUUAAUCCUUGAUAUCUUUAUACAAGUGGUCUGUAUCUCUU